GGUAUAUUAGUCUGCUUCUCCGAUAACGUUAGUCGGUGGGAGUUCAGGCGAGUGGGUGGAGGCUACGGCGUGCGCUCGGCAGAGUCAGGGAAGUGAAAAAGGAAGAUUUAGGUGAUGAAGGAAUCGAGGAAGAACAGGAUGCGUUGGGCGGUGGCCAUCGGCGGGGGCAUCCUGGCCAUGGCCGUCCUCAUAGGGGGGGCGGUCUGGGGCUACCUGGCCAGGGAACCCCCCCCUCCCGCCGGUUUCAGGCUCCCCACGGCUCUGAAACCGGUUCAUUACGAGGUCAGACUCCAGCCCUUUCUGAAUGGGAACUUCAGUGUUUUGGGGCACGUGGACAUCGAGCUGACGGCGCUGACGAAGGCCUCCAACAUCACGCUGCAUGUGGCUGACAUCGACAUACAGCAGGAUACUAUAAUGGUCACCCCCUCCAGCGCCCAGCCGAUCCCCAUUUCGAAGACGGAGGACGACGCGAGCAACGAGUUCUUCAUCGUGCACUUGGAGGAGGAGCUCUUCGAGGGCGAGAACUUCACCCUGUCCCUGGACUUCGAGGGUUACCUCAACGACCAGCUGAAGGGCUUCUACAGGUCGUCUUAUCAGAAUGAGAGCGGGGGCGACAGGAUGCUGGCCGCCACGUUCUUCGCGCCCACCUACGCCCGCAACGCCUUCCCGUGUCUGGACGAGCCCGCCCUCAAAGCGACCUUCUCGAUCUCGCUCGCCCACGAGGACCACCUCACCGCCCUCUCCAACAUGCCGCUCGCGGACUCCGAGCCUGUAGCGGGGCAGGCGGGGUGGGUAUGGGACCACUUCGCCACGUCGGUGCCCAUGUCCACGUACCUCGUCGCCUUCGUCAUCUCGGACUUCAGAAACAAGUCCUCGGAGUCCGGCGGCGUCAGGUUUUCGGGUGAGGCAGAAAUAUCCUUUGUUUUGAUGCUGGCCGCCACGUUCUUCGCGCCCACCUACGCCCGCAACGCCUUCCCGUGUCUGGACGAGCCCGCCCUCAAAGCGACCUUCUCGAUCUCGCUCGCCCACGAGGACCACCUCACCGCCCUCUCCAACAUGCCGCUCGCGGACUCCGAGCCUGUAGCGGGACAGGCGGGGUGGGUAUGGGACCACUUCGCCACGUCGGUGCCCAUGUCCACGUACCUCGUCGCCUUCGUCAUCUCGGACUUCAGAAACAAGUCCUCGGAGUCCGGCGGCGUCAGGUUUUCGGCAUGGGCGAGGGAAGCCGCCCUCCAGCAGGUGGACUACGCCCUCGAAACGGGCCCGAAGGCGCUGUCUUUCUUCGAGGAUUACUUCGGCCUCCCUUACCCUCUGCCCAAGGAGGACAUGGUCGCGCUGCCCGACUUCGCUCCCGGCGCCAUGGAGAACUGGGGCCUCAUUACGUACAGAGAGACCGCCAUGCUGUACUCCCCCGCCGCGUCCUCGGCCUCGAACAAGCAGCGCGUGGCCGUGGUGGUGGUGCACGAGCUCGCCCACCAGUGGUUCGGAAACCUCGUGACGCCGACAUGGUGGACCGACGUCUGGCUCAACGAGGGCUUCGCGUCGUUCAUGGAGUUCCUCGGCACGGAUCACGUCGAACCUUCUUGGCAAAUGAAAGAGCAGUUCGUUGUGUCGGAUCUUCACUACGUCUUCGGCAUCGACAGCCUCGAAUCGUCUCACCCAAUCAGCGUCCCCGUCGUCAGCCAGGAUCAGCUGGGCGAGAUCUAUGAUGUCAUCGCCUACGUCAAAGGGGCUUCGAUCCUCCGCAUGAUGAACUACUUCCUGGGCGAAGAGACGUUUCGAAAGGGCGUCUCCAAUUACCUCAAGGCUUUCGCUUACGACGCGGCCGCGCAGGACGACCUGUGGGAGUUCCUGACGGAGGCGGCGCACGAGGACGCCACGCUGGCCGCCGACAUCAGCGUGAAGGACAUCAUGGACACGUGGACGCUGCAGACGGGCUACCCGGUCGUCAGGGUGGAGAGGGACGCGACGGGGGCGUCCGCCACGGUCACGCAGGUCGAACCUUCUUGGCAAAUGAAAGAGCAGUUCGUUGUGUCGGAUCUUCACUACGUGUUCGGCAUCGACAGCCUCGAAUCGUCUCACCCAAUCAGCGUCCCCGUCGUCAGCCAGGAUCAGCUGGGCGAGAUCUAUGACGUCAUCGCCUACGUCAAAGGGGCUUCGAUCCUCCGCAUGAUGAACUACUUCCUGGGCGAAGAGACGUUUCGAAAGGGCGUCUCCAAUUACCUCAAGGCUUUCGCUUACGACGCGGCCGCGCAGGACGACCUGUGGCAGUUCCUGACGGAGGCGGCGCACGAGGACGCCACGCUGGCCGCCGACGUCACCGUGAAGGACAUCAUGGACACGUGGACGCUGCAGACGGGCUACCCGGUCGUCAGGGUGGAGAGGGACGCGACGGGGGCGUCCGCCACGGUCACGCAGGAGCGUUUCCUCCUCCUCCCCAGCGCCUCCGGCCGCUCCGACGCCUCCUGGUGGGUGCCCCUGACGGUGACCUCCCAAGACG